AUGAGACAUGGUUUUGGUCUUCUCGGAUUCCUGUUGUCCAUUUUCUUGCUCCUGAAAGUCUCUGAAAACUAUGACGAAAGUGCAGAGGUGGGAUCUAAACUAAUUUUAAUCUCGAGUGCGGGCGCCGAGAGAACUGGGGGAGAAAAGAGAAAGAAAGAACGAACGACCCCAAAUAGAGGUCGCAUGGGAGAUUCUGUCACACUCUGCUUACGGCAGGAUACAAGGAAGGUCUACGCGUCAGAUUUGGAUGAGCGACCAGUUGGGUCUAGAGCUGAUCCAAGAAAAACAACGCCAGAGCCGAGGGCAAAUCGGAUAUUGCUGUUUUAG